AAAUGGCACACGUCUCUUCACGCCACCACGGGGCACCUCGCCGCCGCCGCCGACGUCGCCAUCGCCGAGUUCCUCCACGCAACAAUCCGCUUCCCCCGCAAGGAAGCAGCGCCGCGCGGCCGUCUCCGACCUGCGAAUCCGCCAUUAAAUCCGCGCGGCAGGGGGGGUGCUCUGCGUCGCCGGUGGGCGCGCGUAACCUUUUCUCUCCCCUCCCCCCCUCCCCGUCUCCCGAUCUGCAGGGCUGCCGGCCGGCCGGCGACCUGAGUUUGGGAGGGUUUGACGCGCGGCUCGCCUCCAUCUCCGUCGGAAACGAGCUCAAAGAAAAUGGUAAUCCUCUGUGCUAGCCACAUUGGCAUCAGUACUACCCGUUCCCGAUUCUGGUCAGGAUGGUUGUCGCAGAAUGGCUGUCCCAGAAUGUGUUAUCAUAUCCCUGUAAAUAUAAGGAAACUCAGAAAGCAAAACAGACGUCAGCGGGUGAUCACGUUGUCUAAAAGUUCUGCAUUACAAGAUCCUGUUUCCUCUGUGAAGCCUUCACGCCUUCUGCAAACAGAUGAACUACGUAUAUUUCACAACAGUGUACCUGAAGAGAUAAUUUCAACAGUCAGAUUGGAAGAAUCUGAUGCAUUCUAUAUGCUAGAACUUAGCACGAGCAGAGAAUUUAGCUCGUCUUUGCUAGAUAAGAACGCUGCCAUCUUAAUCUGUAUAAUUGAUGCCAAUGGUGAUUCCCUGUUACAAAGAGUACCAGCAGCCUAUUGUAAUCAUUCUGCACAAGGCAGAGAGGCCGAGAAAUUGCUUCCCUUCCAAAGCGGUUCAGUUGAUGUUGUCACCUUUAGAGGCUCUAAGCUGCAAAGAAUUAAAGAAAUCUGGGUUGGUCUUGAGUCAGGCUCAUGGAGAAUAGAUAAUUUAAGCUUGAAAGUUAUCCAUGGACAGUUGAAUACACCUCCAGAUCUGGAGGAAACACCUGAACUCAAGUUCAAUGGUCUGCAGUACACAUUUGACAAACUCAGCAUGCUGCUUGGAGAGGAUGGAGCUUCAGUUGUGGAAGCAAGACCUGUGGCUGUCACUGAUCUCACGGGAAUAAGCCUUUCUGAUCUCCAAGAGGGGCAAUUAUCCUCAGCAAGCACAGCUUCAAGCAUCCUUGAAAUGAAAGAGGAUGGCUUGAAAGAGUAUGCUGACCUCAAGCAGUCGCUGCUGCUCUACGAUCUUGCUAUUGUGAUAACAGGUUUCUCUGCCUUCACCUUGGCUUCAAAUGACAGUGCUGCCCUCUCGUUCCUUGUUGGAGGCAUUGGAGGAUUUCUCUAUCUGUUGCUGCUCCAAAAAUCUGUAGACGGGUUGCCGGCGCUUAAUUCACCAUCAGAAGCUGGCAGUGCCCAGCCCUCUGUGAAAGGUUUCAGUGGCAUAAGGAGGCCAUGGUUAAUAUUGUCACUGUUAAUGGUCGCUGGAGCUGUUGCAUUGAAAUAUGGAGCGGGUGGUGACAAACUUGAAAUGACGCCAGUCGAGCUCUUUGUUGGCACUGCAGGGUUCCUGGCGAACAAGGUUGCCAUUGUUCUCGCGGCAUUCAAACCCUUGCAGAGUAAUUUGAAGGCUGAAGACCGAUCUGGAGACUGAACAUAGUCAGGCUGCCUUGAAUAUACUAACAUUUAUAUAGCGGCUAUACAGUAUCAUGAUCUGAAUGUUAAUUAUCGAAGUGCCUAGUUCAAGUUUCCAGAGGGAACUUGAGCCUUAUCUCUAGCUCACAAGCACAGCUGCCGAUCACAAAUGCUCUUCUUGAAUCGUAAGCAUUUCUUUAAGGGUUCAACUCGGAUAUGAAUUUUUCAUCUGAAGUAUACCGAAACUUCACUGAUUUCACAUCACAGGCAUGGAGAUUGGCAGUGUGGCCUAUAUCAACAUUCCAGACAUUUGAACAGAUCCAAAUGAUAAUCUAGGUGACAUAGUAUAGAUGUAUAGUCACAUGAUAGUGCCAUAGGCUUAUAGCAGAACAAUAUAUUCUUCAGUGUAUGUAAAUCUGGUAUACUAAUGGUUACAAUUUUAAUGAUUAUGUAGCAGUAAUACUGCUGCUUCUAGCAGAAUAUAUUAUAUUAUUGGUGUAUAUAAAUCCGGUACUAAUGAUUCAAAUGUAAUAAUUACAAUGUAUGAAUAGAAAUCGCUUUGGUA